AUGCCAACUCUAGCUAAACUUGCAAUUGCUGCUGCAAGUGGUAUUGCUUCGUUUGCUCUAUUACUUCUAAUUAUUAGUGUAGCUACACCUGUAUGGCUUGAUGGUGGACAAGGACAUACAAUUGGCCUUUUCCGUAAAUGUUAUGGAGAAAAUCUUACAGGUAUAGACGCACCGAAUGGUCCAGGUUGCACUAAUGAGAAUCGGGCUCCUCAAGCUGGUCUGUCUGUUUUUGGUCUUUUAUUGCUUGCAUUUUCUAUAAUAGCAGCCAUAGCUGGCAUGUUUAUGGAUUCACAAAUAGGUCUUCUUAUAUUAUAUGGAUCAUUAGGGCUCUUAUACUUUGCAUCUAUGUUCAUUAUGUCAGCGUAUGCAACAUGGGGCGUUCAUUCACGUGAUGAAGAACCAUAUUUUUUUCCUAGACAAUUAUCAAAUGUACCUCAUACAAACAUGGGAUAUUCAUAUAAUUUAUGUGUUGCUGCUCAUUACUUUCUCUGGACAGCCCUUACAAUGCUUGCAUAUGGUAUUGGUUACAGAGAUGCGCAAGCCCGUACUACAACUACUCAAUGA